UCCACAAGUUACAAUUUGUUAAAUAAAAAAUUUGGCAAAAUGAGACAACGUCAAUGCAUUGUGGUAAAUAUGCGCUCAGCCAUAGCGCUUAUUUUAAUUUUUGUGUUAAAUGGCAUAAAGAACAGCGAAACGGCAAGUGGUGGCAAUCAAAUGGAUUUAACAGAUGCGAAAUCGGAGCAACGCAAGGACAACAGCAAUGCCAGCAGCAACAACAAUAAUAAUAAUAAUAACAAUGAGAAUGAAGUGUUUGUGCCAGCGCUGGCCAACAUGGCUGCUAAGCCAUUGCCCAUUAACGACAACAACAGCACUAACAACAACAUGCUCUGCCCCAUGGACAAGGAUACGCCCUGUGAACGUUUGUCGUAUCCCUGCAUUCGUUGCAGCUACAACUUCAAUUGCUUAUACGGACGUGAUCUGAACAUCAGCUGUGAGGCGCUAAGUAAUGUGCAGUGUCUAGGCAAUCGUUCGUUCUCACGACAGAUGAACUGCCGUUAUUGUUACCAAACGGAACUCUGGCAACAGCACUGCGAGCAGCAUGCUAACUGCAAUUCAGCUGCCGACAAAUAUUAUCGAACGAACUGCACUGUGCAUCAGGAUGUGCUCUGUCUGGGCAAUCGUUCCUUUACACGAAAUCUGAGAUGCAAUUGGACGCAGGGCUAUCGUUGGAGCACCGCUUUACUUAUCAGCCUAACGCUGGGCGGCUUUGGCGCUGAUCGUUUUUAUCUAGGACACUGGCAGGAGGGGAUCGGCAAACUAUUUAGUUUUGGUGGAUUGGGCGUUUGGACCAUUAUCGAUGUGCUUCUCAUUUCAAUGCAUUAUUUGGGUCCAGCUGAUGGUUCACUCUACAUUUAAAGCAGUUUUCAAGCACAUUCUAGUUUCCGUUAAAUCUUAGUGUAUAAAUAAAGACUGCAAACCAAAAAGGGUUAGGCUAAGCUUAAAUCAAUAGUAACUAAUAGUAUGUAUAAUAGUAUGUGUGUGUGUGUAAAUUGUAAAUAAAAGGUCAAA